UAUAAGUUAGAAACAUUUCUUUUAUGAUGAUUGCUUAGACGUAUUCUUAGAUUUAAUUAUGUUUAUUUGCCAUUCUUGACAUGUGGCGGACUGUUACUUCAACUCCAAUAUAAUAAAUAAACCUCCCAUACUCUUCUUCGUCUCUGUUCUAUGCUUCCCAUUCGUUUACUCUGCUCCAAAGCACAAAACACCACACGCCGGCCAACAACAAUUAAUACAGAUUCCAGUGAUUUAGCUUUGUCGAAGAUGAUGAUGAGCCUUUCUCUUUCUUGCUCUUCUCUGUAUAACAAGCAGCUGCUCUGCUAUAAAACUCCCAGCUCCCGUCAAAGCAGGACCUUUUGUCGUGUUUCUCCUCAGCUUCAGAAACGGCAGCAAUUUGGCUCCCUCGCUUAUAACCCACUUCGAGUGCUUGUUAUGAACAAGAAAGGACAUGUGUUCGGUGCGCUUUGCUAUUCUGCUCCUCUCACACCUCGGAAUCUUCAGUGGAUUUCGGCUGUCUCUACUGCAGUCCUAAUGUUAGCGAGGGGAACGGCUAUCCACAAAUCCUUUCUUGUUCCUUUAUUUGCUCUACAAGCACCUGCAAGCAUCAUCUCAUGGAUCAAAGGUGAGUAUGGCGUAUGGACUGCUUUCUUGGCCCUUCUUGUGCGUCUCUUCUUCUUUAUUCCUGGGGAGUUGGAGUUGCCAUUUAUAGCAUUUUUGUUGGUGAUUGUGUCUCCCCAUCAAAUUAUGAGGCUGAGAGGAACACAGGAGGGUGUUAUUAUUUCCUUGGCAAUAGCGGCUUAUCUGGCUUUCCAGCAUUUUUCAAGAGCUGGGAGUUUGGGAAAAGCUUUCGAUCAAGGUUCAAUCCUUGCCACCUUAGCCACCAUCUCUAUUGUUGCUGUGCCAUGCUUGCUUUUGAUCUAAACUUUGAGUAGUAGGAAUAAACACCUAAUCAUUUUCUGUAAGCUACAAUGAGAACAAUCAUCUAGAUGGCCCACCA